AUGUCGUCGCAAAGCCCAACGAACUCGAGGCCCGGCACCGCGCGGAAGCGGUCGGAAAGUGCAUCGACCCCGUGGCCGGCCUUGAUCGAUACCACCGCUCGCCCCGAAAGCAGAGACCGCGCGCAAUCGGUGACACACAACGAAGGACAACGAAAACCACCGAGUACGGAGUUCGAUGGCACGGAUCGCGUGUUUCCCAUUCGGUCGGUUGUCUCCGUUGACCCGACCGCAGCGCAACCCACCUCAGCCCAUGCUCGGGGAGCGUUGUCGCCAACCCGUGAAGGCGCUCGCCAGUACUCGAUCAUCGAUGAAAAUACUUGGCAGAACCUGCAGUCCCAGCCUCAGCAAUCUCAAGAACCGACUAUGCCUACGGACACUCUACGACACGUAGCAAUUGCAUCCAACGAUACCAUCGACUUGGCCACCCACUCUAUGGCAUCUCGAGUUGCCCAGCAUCCGGAGAUCUAUGCGAAGGUCAAAAGCGACAGCCAAUCUGCAAGGAGUGGUACUCCUCAGCCGCCAUCGCACGGACCGGCUGAUCCCAAGGAGUCGUACGGGCAUGUCACGGCGCGUUUCAAACAUAUCAUGACGGAAAGUGGGCAUGCCGUGAUCACAGGGCGAGAUGGGGAGGCAUUUCAGUAUUGUGAGGAUGAGCCGAUUCGAAUUCCUGGCGCAAUCCAGAGCUUUGGAGUUAUGAUCGCGUUGCGGGAGGAGUCUCAGGACCAGCUCGUGGUUCGGGUGGUCAGUGAAAAUUCGCACGAAUUCCUAGGCUAUUCACCGAAACAGCUCUUCGAGUUGAAAAGUUUUUGUGAUAUCUUGAAAAAAGACCAAGCGGAUUCUUUGCUGGAUCAUAUCGACUUUGUCCGUGACGAUGCAUACGACCCCAGUGUGGACGGCCCAGAAGUUUUCGGUUUGACUAUCCCAACACCAAAUGGCGAGAACCGCCGUUUCUGGUGUGCGACGCAUGUCAGUCAGGCGCAAAAAGAUUUGAUCAUUUGCGAGCUGGAGUUGGAAGACGACGAAACAAACCCGCUGAAUGUGAGUGGCCUGGAAACUCCCUCGAGUCCAACUGGAACUUUGGGGUCCUUCCCGAGCGCGGAGCAGUUCGCUGGUAGCACGGUCAACAUCAGCCAGCCGCUUCGGGUUUUACGCAAUGCUCGACGACGAAGGGGCGAGGCUGCCGCCAUGGAGGUGUUCAGCAUGUUGUCACAGAUCCAAGAGCAACUAGGUCGAGCAAACGACCUUGAUACGCUUCUCAAUACCACGGCUGGACUAGUCAAGGAGUUGACAGGCUUCCACCGUGUCAUGAUCUACCAGUUUGACAGCAGUUGGAAUGGAUUGGUUGUGGCGGAGUUGGUUGAUCCCAAGGUCACUAUUGAUCUCUACAAGGGGCUUCACUUCCCGGCAUCCGAUAUUCCUGCACAGGCACGUGAGCUGUACAAGGUCAACAAAGUUCGACUCCUAUACGAUCGUGACCAGAUCACCUCACGACUUGUAUGCCGGACGCUGGAAGACUUGGAAACGCCCUUGGACAUGACCCACUCCUACCUCCGCGCAAUGUCCCCAAUUCACAUCAAAUAUCUCGCUCACAUGAAGGUUCGGUCGUCAAUGUCAAUCAGUAUCAACGCUUUCAAUGAUCUCUGGGGGUUGAUCUCCUGCCACUCAUAUGGAAAGGCCGGAAUGCGUGUUUCUUUUCCCGUCCGGAAGAUGUGCCGUCUUCUUGGUGACACGGUCUCGCGGAAUAUCGAACGUUUGUCGUACGCAUCUCGUCUCCAAGCUCGAAAGUUGAUCAACACCGUGCCUACCGAGGCCAACCCAUCUGGCUACAUCAUUGCUUCCUCUGAUGACCUGCUACAACUUUUUGAUGCCGACUACGGUGCUUUGUCUAUCCGCGACGAGACCAAGAUCCUCGGUGAUAAUAACCACUCACAAGAGGUGCUUGCUCUUCUCGAGUUCCUUCGCAUGCGCCAGAUGAAUACCGUACUUGCAUCGCAUGAUAUCAUCAAGGAUUUCCCUGACUUGCAAUACGCUCCUGGUCUCAAAGCAAUCUCGGGAUUGCUGUACGUCCCACUCUCAUCGGGUGGCAGCGAUUUCAUUUGUUUCUUCCGUAAAGGUCAGCUCACGGAGAUCAAAUGGGCCGGCAAUCCAUACGAUGUUGCAAAGCGAAAGGAAACAGCAGGAUACUUGGAGCCACGCAGUAGUUUUGCUGCAUGGCGGGAGACCGUCCUCAGCCAAUCGCGUGAGUGGUCUGAAACAGAUGUUGAGACCGCUGCCGUCCUCUGCCUGGUCUAUGGUAAAUUCAUCAAGGUGUGGCGGCAAAAAGAGGCUGCCAUGCAGAACUCUCAAUUCACCAAGCUUCUUCUUGCAAACUCCGCCCACGAGGUUCGGACCCCGCUCAAUGCGAUCAUCAACUAUCUGGAGAUUGCGUUGGAGGGUGCUUUGGAUUCGGAAACUCGAGACAGUCUGAUAAAAUCACACUCUGCCUCGAAAUCCUUGAUUUAUGUCAUCAAUGAUCUCCUGGACCUGACGAAUACCGAAACGGGCCACCAGCUUAUCAAAGACGAGACAUUCGAUCUUCAAACUACGUUUCGGGAGGCGACUGACAUGCUUGCUGGUGAAGCUAAGAGGAAGAACAUUUCAUACACUGUGUCCGCCAAGCCCGGUCUGCCUCGUCUGGUUGUGGGCGAUCAACGUCGCGUUCGUCAGGUUUUCUCCAACCUUGUCUCCAAUGCCAUUCAGCAGACAACCUCCGGUGCUGUUACCGUUGAGAUGUGGCGGUCUGUUAACCAGGACCUGCCCGGACAUGCGGCUGUAGAGAUGAUGGUCUUGGAUACAGGUGCUGGCAUGUCGAAAUCCAAACUUGAGGCUAUUUUCCACGAGCUCGAGCAGGUUUCCACGGAUGACAAUUACUAUCAGGAAGAAGACCCAACAACCGCACAAAAACCGCCGGAGACGAAGCGCGCUCUAGGUCUUGGGCUUGCCUUGGUUGCCAGAAUCGUUCAUAACAUGCAGGGUCAGUUGGGAGUCAAAUCUGAAGAAGGCAAAGGCAGUCGAUUCAAGAUUCUUUUGCAAUUUAAACUUCCUGAGGGGGCGUCGACAGAAGCACUGCCUGAUGCUGUUGUGCCCAGCUCUGCGACUGUCCCACCCACGCCUAAGAUCUCCGAUCGCGAGUUCACAUUGGUGGGCGGAAUUGCUGAGCGCCGCGACGGUCGACGACGCAGCUCUGAGAGUCUUCGCAGUGGAGGCAGCUCUCGUAGCGGUAAGAGUCACGCCGAUCGUCUAAUCAGUGCUAUCCAAGAACCUACCAUGGUCCAGCGCGCCUUCAGUGAUAGCUCCGAUGUGCGCCAGGUCAAGCUAUCAACCAGCCCACCUGUGAGUACGAGCCAUUUAUCGGCCACUAUGAGUUCGCCACGGUCAAAUAGCUUGCGGGCAUCUGUCACGUAUGACCCUUUGGCUAGCUUGUCCACUGUUACCCACACUCCUCCGCUUGUCCUGCAGCCGUUCAAGACUCCACCCGCUCCGGGUACGGCAAAUGUCACCGAUUCCGGUGUGCCGAUGGGAGCUGUUCGUGUUUCCGAAAGGGAUGUUCAACGCAGGGUCAACCAGCAGGCUGAGCAUCAAUCAUACUUCCCUCCGAUCCCUGUUUCGACAGGAAAAUCACUCGCCACUUCGGCAUCAGCCCUCGCUCCUUCAACAGUACCUACAUCGGUUCCUGCCACUGAACCCGCGCUGCUACACGUCCUUGUCGCAGAGGACGAUCCCGUGAACAGCAAAAUCAUCCACAAGCGUCUGACCAAACUCGGUCACACUGUGGUUCUUACUGGCAACGGUGAAGCUUGCGCAAACGCCUUUACCUCAGCCAGCCAAAACUUCGAUGUUGUCCUGAUGGACAUCCAGAUGCCCAUUGCCGACGGGAUGACAGCAACUAGGAUGAUUCGUGAAUUCGAAUCAACGACUCCAGAUGCACUGUCCCACAAAGCCCAACUGAAUGAACGCAUACCUAUCUUUGCCGUCUCGGCAUCACUACUCGAGUCAGAGAAGCAGACGUACAUUGAUACGGGCUUUGAUGGUUGGGUCAUGAAGCCAAUCAACUUUACACGACUCAACGUUCUCUUGAGUGGUCUCUGCGAUCAUGAUGCACGGGCAGCAGCUUCGUACAAGCCCGGUCAAUGGGAGAAUGGUGGUUGGUUUGAUACAUAA